AUGGAGAUGAGGUGGGCGCCGGCGCGGCCGAGGGUGCCGAGGCGGCCAGCUCACCAGCCGUCCUUCUCCUCCACGCUUCUCGACGCGAUAUGCGACUCCAUGGACGGUCCUGAGGCAAGAAGGACGACGUCGGCGGCCAACGCGUACUCGACAUCAACGUCGGGGCCCAAGAAGCAGGAGCGGGAGGCGGCCCUGCAUUGCUACUACUACAAGCCUGCCCUGGCCUCCAGCUACCGGGCGCGCGACCCGCACACGCCGGGCACAACGGCCGGCGACUGCUCCGGCCGAGGGUACUUUUCGUCCUCCGAGGCCGAGCACUCCCUCCGCCGCCUCCGCCCCAUCCGUACGUCCGUUGGCUUGGCGCCGACGCAGAAGCAGCAGCCGCAGUAUUCCGAGAUGGCGAGGACAAAGAAGUCGACCGCCGCCACCCGCGGCUGCAGCAGGCCGGCGUCCCCUGGCGCGCGGCUGGCCAGCUUGCUCAACUCCAUCUUCUCCGCCAAGCGUCUUUCGGCUCCGCGGAGGAUGCCAACCGACCAAGAGCCGGUGUGCUCAACAGCUCCGUCGUACGCCCGAUCCUGCCUGUCCAAGAAGGCGCGGCCACCGGCGAGCCGGAGCCGGAGUACCCGGAUGGUCAAGUUCCUUGACAUCGACGGCGAGGUCGCCGUGGCCGCGGCAUCAGUGGGGCGCUGCAGCGGAAUUCCGGUGGUGGAAGUGGAGGAGGAGCUGCUCCGAUCGGCGGAUGUCCAAGUGGACAUGUACGGCGGCGAGAAGAGCAGUGGGGCGAGCUUAGAGCUGUUCGAGUUGGAGAAUCUUGGGGUUAUUGCUCCGGAGAGCGGCUUGCCGGGUCGCGAUGGAUCCUACCGGAAUGAGCUUCCGGUGUACGGGUCCACCGGAGUUGCUGGGCUCCGCGGUGGCGUUGCCCAUCACAGACCCUAUGCUAGUCUUGGUCGGAGUUGUAGAAACAAGGGUUUUUAG